UACAAACCUCUUUUCUUCAGUCCUGAGUGUACCCCCAAACUAAUUGGAAAAAGCAGUCGGUCCCCAAAUGGCCUGCUCCUCCCACCUACCGCCGUUCGCCGCCGCCAACGAAGCCAGCUCCGCCUCAAUCUCCGCCGUCCAUCCGGACAUAAUCCAAACCCACAUCCUCACCCGCCUCGACGCCCCCACGCUAGCCUCCGCCGCCUGCACCUCCUCCGAACUCCACGCGCUGGCCUCCCACCAGCUCCUCUGGGCAAACAUCUGCUACUCCACAUGGCCCUCCAUCACAACGCCACGUGUCCGCCAGGUCAUCUCCACGUUCCCCGACGGGCCCAUCUCCUUCUUCUCCGACUCCUUCCCGCUCCUCGGCAAUCUGAACCCCACCACCACAGCCGCAACCUCCUCUGGUCUCGCGCCAAAACACCAUCAGGACCAUCCGUACGAAUUAAUCUCUGCGGUCGAUAUCUACCACCGCGGGAAGCUGAUCCUGAGCAAGGUCAUCGAGACGGAGACCGUGACCGGGUGGUUCCGGUGCUCGCCGUUCCGGAUUGACCUGCUGGACCCCAAGGACGUGGUCCCCACCCAUAUCAAGUACCAGGAGGGGCUGGAAGCCGACACGUGUCGCGAACUCGGGGACGAUCUCACGCUGAGCUGGAUCCUUAUCGACCCUACCGGACGUCGGGCGUUGAACCUCUCCAGUCACGCGCCGCUGUCGGUGAAGCGGCACUGGCUGAGCGGUGAGUUGCACGUACAGUUCGCGUCGAUUCUGGCCGGGCAGAAGGGGACGGCGUCGGAGCACGUGCUGUGCGGGAUAUUGGUCACGUGCGGGGGAUCGGAGGGAGGGGAGAUGCAGGUGAGGGAGGUGAGCUUGCAGGUGGAGGACAUGGAUGGAAUGCAUCUGAAUGGGAGGGAGGGUUUGGUAAUUCUGGAUAGGGCGUUGGAGGGCAGAAGGGGAAGAAAGGGGAGGAGGAGGGUGGGGGAAGGAAAGAAGAGGUACGAAGAGUAUUUGCAGGGGAAGAAGGAAAGGAAGGAGAGGAAGCUGAGGACUGAAGGGACAUUAGAUACUUUGUGUGUGGCUUUUGGGGUAUUUGGAUUUUUCAUUUUUUGGUCAUAUAUUUUGUGCAGAUGAUCAUUGUUUUUUCCUCUUUUCAGCUAUUUUCUUCCAAUAAGUUAGGACAAAAAAAUACUUCAAAAGAAAAAAAAUAGAGAAACCGAAAAACGGUUUUGUUAUAUCGAAACGUAAAUUAAUCUCAAAAGAAACACGUAC